UAGUUGGUUGUUAACUGUCCAGUUUUUUUUCCUAAUCAUGGGGAGGGGUGGUGUUUUUGCUCUGUUAUUUUCUUUGACGAUAACCUCGUGAAUUGCCUGAUCAAAGUAUUUUUCAAUUUUAUUUAAUUUUGGGUAGUUAAGAAAUUAAUUUUUAUUUAAGAAAAUUUUUUAAAUUUAAUUUUUUAGCAUUUUUAUAAUUUAAUAUUUUUAUUAAUUUGUAAUGAAAUUUAUUUUGCAACCACCCCUUCUAUUUAAUUUAACAACACUUAAUGGAAUUCCAAGUUUAUUUUUUGUGCGAUCUGCGGUCAAUUCAGAAUGCAGGUUUUGUAGAGGAAUACAAAUCAGAACAACUUCUCAUCUCCCUUAUAUAUCCGCCAGAAAUAAUUUUUUAUCCUACAAAACAAAUAAAAAUCUUCUUUAUCGGAAACAACAUUUUUCACAAAUGGUUGCAGAAUCAAUUCUAUCUUUAUCAACAACACAAAAUGGGGAGGAACAAAAAAAAAGUUAUGUGCACGGAGCUGCUUCUAAAAAUCCCCUACUUUACAGCACAAUAGGUGAACGAUUAAGAUUAGCAGCAAGUCUGUUUCCAACACGCGAAUUUGUACUCUUCAAAAGGGAUAGGGUGCGCAAAACUUAUAAGGACGUUCUCGAGGAUAGUGAACGUCUCGCAACAGGACUAAUCCAUUUAGGAAUGGAGAAAGGUGACCGAAUAGGAAUAUGGUCGCCUAAUAAAUAUGAGUGGAUUACUACACAGUUUGCUAGCGCUUUAGCUGGCUUUAUUUUGGUAAAUAUUAACCCAAUGUAUCAUGCUGAUGAUCUUUGCUAUGCUGUUGAGCAAGUGGGCAUUAAGACGUUAAUAUGCCCGCCAGCUUUUAAACGUUCCCAAUAUUACAACACUCUUCGCGAAUUGAUCCCAGAACUUGAAGAUGCACCUCCAGGAGAUGGUAGAAUCUCUACUGACACAUUCCCAAAAUUAAGAAAUUUGAUUGUAUUUAAAAUGGGAAAUGGAACGGAAGCGGGGAUUGAUGAAAAUGGAAAUGAGGACGGAAGAUAUAAUGGCGCUUGGGACUACAAUCAAGUACUCAACAUGGGAACUGUUGAAGACCGCAGGCGUUUAGCACAGAAUGAGGCAAAUGUCCAACCGGAUGAUCAAGCAAAUAUACAAUAUACUAGUGGAACCACAGGAAAGCCUAAAGGCGCAACGCUUACUCAUCACAACAUUGUAAACAACGCUUAUUUUGUGGGGUUGAGAGCUGGGUAUCAUGAAAAGCGAGCAAUAAUAUGCAUUCCAAAUCCUCUUUACCACUGUUUUGGUUGUGUUAUGGGCAGUUUGGCAGCACUUGUACAUUUUAAUACUUGUGUAUUUCCUGCGCCCUCCUUUGAGCCGCUAGCAGCACUUGAAGCAAUUCAUGAAGAAAGAUGUACAGCAGUUUAUGGCACUCCCACAAUGUUUAUUGAUAUGUUAGGCCACGAAGAGUACCCAUCUUUUGAUUAUUCCUCGAUCCAUUCUGGAAUAGUUGCUGGCGCUCCGUGUCCAGUAACUCUCUGUUCUCGACUUGUUAAUGAGUUGGGAAUGAAAAAUUUGCAGGUUGGUCACAUUAUGGAUCAUUUGGAAGCGGCUAUAGUCGAUGCUGAUGGAAAAAUCGUUCCGAGAGGGCAGAGGGGAGAUUUGCUUAUUCGAGGAUAUUCAUUAAUGUAUGGUUAUUGGGAUAAUGAGGAAGCAACACGUGCAGUUAUAGGCAAAGAUCGUUGGUAUAGGAGUGGUGAUAUUGGUGUUAUGAAUGAAAAUGGAACUGUUUCAAUCGUCGGUCGUUAUAAGGAUAUGAUAAUCCGUGGUGGCGAAAAUAUUUAUCCAACAGAAGUUGAACAAUUUAUUGAUAAACACCCGGCGGUUGCUGAUGUUCAAGUUAUUGGAGUACCAGAUGAGCGAUUCGGGGAGGUUGUAUGUGCAUGGAUUCGACUGAAGAAUGGUGCUACCAUUACAGAAAGUGAUAUUCGUGAAUAUUGUGCGGGGAAGAUUGCACACUAUAAAGUACCAAAAUACAUUCUUUUCAAGGACAUAACCGACUUCCCAUUAACUGUAAAAUUUUUUUAA